AUGACCCGCACAUGUACCCGGAGAGCACGUCCGUUCAAGCAACCCCGGCAGCCUGAUCUCAGUAUCGAGGGAUCUGAUUCAGAGACAGAAAGAGAGAAAAAAAGAGACAGAAGGAGAAAUUCAUUAAGCAACACGAUGAUACUUCUUACCCAAUCAUCCGACACCACCGUUCAGAAAUCUUCCACCGCCGUAACCCACGACGGAGAAAAAAGCGUUUUGUCGUCGUCGUCGUGGGUCAAAACUCAAUUACUUGGAAGAGGCGCUUACGCUUCGGUUUAUUUAGCGACAAGUAAAAGCCAUAAACACAAAACAGAGAGGGCAAUCAAAAGUGCAGAGCUUUCACGAGCUUCGAGCCUCAUGGACGAAAGAAGAAUCCUAAUCCGUUUACAAUCUCCUUUCAUCCUCCGUUGCUACGGCGACGAGAUCGCACUAGAAGAGAAUGAUCCUCUUCAUAUACAAUACAAUCUGAUACUCGAGUAUUGCUCUGGUCAAUGUAUCGCAGACUUGAUCGAGGAUAAUCACGGAAGGUUAUUUGAGUCUGAUGUGAAGCUAUUCGCUAGAGAUGUCUUGUCUGGUCUCAGUUACAUUCACGACAGAAACAUCAUUCAUUGCGACAUUAAACCGGACAAUCUCUUACUCUGCCCUACCGAUCACCGGUUUAGGCCUAACGGGUAUUUGACCAAGAUUGGGGAUUUCGGAUUAGCUAUGGAGAAAGGGUCGAUAGAGUACGGUAAUGGAUACGGUCAUAGGAGAGGCACGACGAGGUAUAUGGCUCCUGAGCUUAUGAGUCAUGGGAUUGUGGAUUUCGGAGUUGAUGUGUGGGCUCUUGGAUGUUCGGUUUUGGAGAUGUUAACCGGAGAAAGUGUUUGGGGAGAAUAUGGUGAUCUUGGUUCUGCUGAUUGGGUCAAUCUCAUCGGUUAUACCGGUUUUACUCCUCAUAUACCGAAUUGGUUAUCUGAAGAGGCACAAGACUUUUUGAGCAGAUGCUUGGAAAGAGACGUUCUCAAGAGAUGGUCUAGCCAUUCACUCACCAACCAUCCGUUUGCUAUGCUUUGA